AUGCAAUGGCACGGGAAGAACUUCUUCAAUGGACGGCUCCGGCGACUCUGCGUCCUGCUGGGGAGAUGCUGGGUCUGGAUGUGCCUCCGAUUGCUGUUGCUAGUGGGACCGUGGAGGUACUGCUGGGCUUGUGAGGACUUGGAUGUUCUAAGGCCCUAUUACCCAGAGAUGGACGUGCAGUUCGACGGCCUUCUACCUUUGCCCAUUUGCUUGAACAAGCUCCCAACACGCGUUCCCUAUGUUGUCGUACCGCUGGUCCACCUGGUGCUGUGGCUGACGGAUUUGUUGAUGGUGCCCUUGUACCUUGAGAAGAAGCCAGGCUCCGUAGGACCGUUUCGCGUCCUUCGGCCCCUGCUCACGUCAUCGCGCUCGGUGCUGGAUGAGAGCCUUCGACUUCAACCCUGGCAGGCUGCGACAGUGAUGGCCCGGUCUCAUGCGGAUAGCAUCAUACAGCGCACAAAAGCACCAGUGGCAGUGAAGUACCUUCUCAUUGCCCACUACUUGUUGCUCUGCGGCUUCUACUUCUUUGCAUGGGUGUGGGUCGGGGCCUUUGUCCUUGUAAAGUUAGUGCUCUUCUCUGGUAUGCUUCGCUUCCUCUUCUUCGGCCUCUUAUUUUUUGGUUUUUUCGUGGUGGCGGGUGCUUGCCCUGUAGCCAUGGUGAAAGCCGUCUCUCAUUGUGCAGCAAAGAGGCGGGAACCCCCCUCUAGCAUGACGGAGAUCCGGGCAUACCAUGGGACGACAAUCGAGAAUGCAGAGAGUAUUCGGAAGCAGGGAUUCCGCGCGUCAAGCACCGGCAUGCUUGGACGCGGUGUUUAUGUUUCCCGGGACAUUAACAAGGUCUUGGCAUAUGGAGGCCACAACGGCGUUAUCCUCGAGCUUCGGGUGGUUCUGGGCCGGGUCUGCGUUGUGGACCACCAGGGCCACGAGUAUCAGCGGCUGUGGCAUGGCUCGUACGAUACCGCUUGGGUUCCCGCGAAGUGUGGCAUGGUGGGCUCUGGCGUAGAGGAGGGGUGUAUUGCCAAUCCAGAGUGCGUGAAGCUUGUCCGAGUCUGGCAGAAACAUCCUUCUCAUCUCAUGGUCCUUAUGGUCUACGAGCUUCUGAGGCUGGCUUUGGAUGCCUGCAUGUACUGCGGGCAACUUUGCAAGAUUCCGAGAGGGGGAGAGUCCCAGCCCGAGCUGAAUCAGCCGAUGCCACGGCCCGACCUCGAAGUCAUGAUGCCAAGGAUGGCUCCGCCUCGCCACACGACCUGUUUGGACAUGGAGCAUUUCAAGAGUUUCACACACACGACCGUGCCCCCACCGCUGUUUCACAAGAUCAAGCGGGGUUAG